AUGCCUAUCGCUUUGACUUCCUCGACCCAAUCACCGGGGGGGAACGGCUUGACAAAAUUUACAAACUGCCUCCUGGUAAAGGACGAUGCUUUGGUCGCCGAGGACCUGUGGGUUAGCUCGAUAACUGGCAAGAUUAUUAACAGCCAGGCUACCUUCUUCGAUGAACUAUUCCUUCCUGACGAAACUAUCGAUCUUGGGGGUCGAAUCAUUUCUCCUGGAAUGAUGGAUUGUCAGCUCAAUGGUGCAUUUGGCUUCAAUUUUUCCACCCUGCUGGACGACAUGUCCCACUAUGGCGAAAGGGUCCAUGAGGUGAACAAACUGCUCGUGCAGACUGGUGUUACAUCAUACCUGCCCACCAUCACGAGUCAACGGCCAGAGCUGUACCAAAAGGCCCUUCAAUUCCUCGGACCCUCGGGAAGUAGUCGAGAUGCGCAUGACGGCGCAGAGUCGCUUGGCGCUCAUUGCGAGGGUCCCUUCCUGAACCCAGCCAAGAACGGGGUCCACAAUGUUGACGUCAUGAUUGAGGCUCAAGUCUUUGCAGAUAUCGAAGCUUGCUAUGGGGCAGCGAACUUGCGCCCACGGUGCCGAGCUGAAAGGAUACCCAUCAAGAUGAUAACAGCUGCACCUGAGCGUGGGCAGAUGAUGCGGCUCAUCCCCGAAAUCACGUCAAGAGGAAUCAUCUACUCAGUAGGCCACUCUGAGGCUACAUAUGAGGAGGCCUCUGAAGCCGUUGGCCAAGGAGCCUCCAUGAUCACGCAUCUGUUCAACGCUAUGCGACCGCUGCAUCACCGCAAUCCCGGCAUUUUUGGUGUACUGGGAAAGGCCGAGAACUUGGCCCGACCGUUUUUCGGCAUCAUAGCUGAUGGAAUCCAUUUGCAUCCCACCACCGUGAAGAUCGCCUUCAACGCGCAUCCCGACGGCUUCAUUCUCGUCACAGACGCCAUGCACCUCGUCGGCCUGCCCGAUGGCGCCUAUCCCUGGACGAAUGGCGAGCAAACCUGCAACAUUGUCAAGCAUGGUUCCAAGCUAUUGUUAGAAAACUCUGACACCAUUGCCGGAAGCUCCACUACGUUACUCGAAUGUGUCAACAACUUUUUGGCGUGGUCGGGUGCCAGCAUUCCUCAAGCCUUGAGAGCAGUGACAGCAACUCCUGCAGCUAUGCUAGGAUUACGGGGCAUCAAGGGAUCUUUAGAAGCUGGUGCCGACGCCGAUCUGGUCAUCUUUUCUCAACAGGAGCUCGCAACUGGUUCCGGAUCCAAACAUCUCAUUCUUGACGAGGUCUGGAAAUUUGGAACCAGGUUGCUCAACACGAAUAGCGCCAAAGGGUUCGUCAUGAGAAGAAAAGACGAAAAGCGAGAACAUGACGAGCAUUAG